AUGGCGUGUCAUACGAAGAUCAUCAAUAAAAUGAAAGAAGAAGAACUGGCUAUCAAGGGAGACCACUUAUUGGGGCCGAGUGUGGAAUCAAAAUUUGACGAAUUAAAAUACGAAGUGAUACAUAAGAUUGAUAAAGAACUGACUGACUCUCAGAACGCUAGAGAUUUUAUUUCUCAAAAAUAUGACGAACUCUGCAGCAAAAUACAGUAUCUGACGGAGUUAGACGCUACUGUAACUGGUUUUCGAAGUGAUGUCAAGGCUAUUGAGAAACAAAUCACUGAGCUAUCUUUGAGGGUCGAUGACAUUGAGAAGAAAACUAUUUGUAGAGAAUGUCCUUCGCUGACGUCAUCCAUGUAUUGA